CUUCUUCUGGCUACUACUCCUUCCUCUACCAAGCAAAGAGAGAUGGCUGCUGUCCAGGCUAUGUUUGUUGUUCUCGUGGGCGUCUUGGCGUGUUCGCUGGCCCACCCGCAGUACCCUCCUCCCCACCAUGCACCGGCCUACAAGCACCCCGCACGCCCAUACAGCUACUCCUACGCCGUCGUCGAUGACUACAAGGGCCUCAACUUCGGCGCCGACGAGUCCUCAGAUGGGAAUUCCGUGAAGGGCUCAUACCAGGUGGCCCUCCCCGACGGCAGGACACAGAAUGUAGCCUACACCGCCGACCACUACGCCGGCUACGUCGCUGACGUCUCCUACAAGGGCCAUGCCAGCUACCCCCCACCUGCUCCCUACCAUCCCCCCGCCCCUUACAGGCCUGCCCCUUACCAUCCCACCCCUGCCCCUUAUGGACCCGUCCACGGAUAAAUAGCCAGCCAGUCUCAAUGAGGAUCUAUUUUGGGAAAUGACUUGUUUUUAAACUUGUUUUAUUUUGACUGUUUGCUUUUUUAUUAUGUUUUGCCUCUCAAGAUUUGUAGAAUAGUUUGCACCGACUUCUGGUCUCAAGCUUCCCGGUUUGCUUUCUUGGCUCGAUAUCUCAGCUCUUGCCUUCACAAAAACUAUGAUGUUCCAUAUUUCUUCAUUCCAUUUCUUUUUCAAAAUAACCUCUACACUGCGAGCCUUGAUGCACCCAGUGGAACGCGCCGAGAAACUUGUGAUCAGGAAGUCAAGUGUGGGGUCUCAAGGCGGCGCCCUCAUUACCUAGUCAAUUUUGCGCACACGGCGUGCCGCUCAAUAUUUCUCGUUGUGCAACACACGCCCACAUCGCGCCCACCCUUGCGUCACGUGGUCCCCGAACUGGUGUCGUGGACCACGCCCACUCUCGCCACUCCCGCACGGUCGCACGCUCCUCAUGUUUCAUGACCCUCAUCCACGGAGCAUGUUCGUACAAUGCUCCUGUGAGCCAAUUUUCACCUUCGUUUCAUCUCAGAUCCAAAUACAAAUAUUUGAUUCAACUGAUAUUUCCACACUAAUAAAGAGUCAUAUAAAG